GCCUAUUUGGUCGGUAGUCUCUUUCUAAUUCAAGGGGAGUAUCGACGACGUCACUAUCCUACUCUGUCGUCGAGUAUUUUAGAUGGUUUGACAGUUCGAGCGGAUGGCGACGAGAACUGGUCGUUUGUCUUCGGACGUGGAUAAUCCUGGUUCGAAUCCCAUACCAAUCUUUACUUUUUUAUUUUUUAUUUAAUCAAUAUUGCGUUUAUUAGAUAUUAUUACAUCUCUAAAGUAAAUCUAUGCAAAGAAAUAUAUAACAAAUAAGAAAAACUGUGUAGGUACCUAUAGAUUUUUAACAAUAUAGAAGCCAAUGUUAUUUUUUUAAUAAGUUAAUUGUAGAAUAGUAUAAAGUAAUUGUUAAAAAUAUUCGUAAAAAAUUACCAAUAAUUAAUAUCAACAUAAUGUACCAUCGAUUUAUUAAUUGAAUCGGUCAUUUCAAAAACAACAUGAGUCACAUAUUCCUAAUUUUACAGAAAAGCAAAGAAAACUAACUAUAUAGUCGAAAGAUGGAUGAAAUGGAUGACAUCAAAAUUCAGAGUUAUAUUGUAGUUUUGUUCCUAAUGUUUUUAUUGGACUGGUGUCGUUUUUGCACACAACGUUUAUCUUAAAGGAGUCUAUUCCUCUCAAAAAGUUAGUUUCUGAAAAUUGUGGACUUUGCUGUUUUUGAAAUGACCGAUUCAAUUAUAAGUAAUUAGACAUUAUUUUUAUUUAUGAAACUAUUGUUACAAUUUUUUAAAAAAGUAGAAGCAAAACAAACAUUCACAUCAUUCGAAUAAGGACGAAUUUAUAUUAAUAACGAAUGACUUUUAUUUUACUAUGAAGUUCACAAAUUAUGUAUUCCAAUAUUAACGUACUAUACAUACAUUUAUUAUCUGCUAGAUUUACUUAGGUCCAUUUUUCAGAUGUAAAAAUAUCUAAUAAACGCAAUAUUGAUUAAAUAAAAAUAAAAAAAAGUAGAGUUGGUAUGGGAUUCGAACCACGAUUAUCCACGUCCGAAGACCAAAGACCAUUUCCCGUCACCACCCGCUCCAACUGUCAACAUAUAUUACUCGAUAAAGUGGGAUAUUCACGUCGUCGAUAUUCCCCUUAAAUUAAAAAGAGACUACCGACCAAAUAGGCUCAUUUAUCUCUGUCGCAACCGUCACCCAUUUUAAGAUCGCAGGGCGCAAUCUAGAGUAUUAUAUAUCUAUGGUUGAAAGAUAACUCUCAACUUGUAUAAUUUAAUCGAUCAACGACUUUAGUGUAUGUACGUGUACGUUUAUUUUCAUUUAUAUAAGAUAAUUAGUACGUACACAAUAUCAUGAAUAAUCAUUUGAGUGUAGACGAGUAUUGUCUAUUUUUUCAUGCUAAUAUUUGUCAUGUUUGCAAAGGAAUAGAACAUUUGAAAAGAUGCGCUCAAUGCAAGAGUGUAGCAUAUUGCUCAAAAGAUCAUCAGAAAAUUGAUUGGAAAUAUCACAAAGCCUUUUGUUCGGCUUUGACAAAAGUCAACGAUGAGUGCUCUUUCAUUGAUGUAACAAAUUUUGAGGAGUUUCUUACAGUAAAGAAGAUGAAGUACAGAUUAUUGUGCCAAUAUUUAAAUCGUGGUUUAUCUAACUAUGAACAUCAAAUAUGGAUGUUCCCAAGAUUUUGUGAGAUCUGCUACACAAGUGAUGUCCAUGUUGAAUGUGAGAAGUGUAGAAGUGUUUUCUUUUGUUCCGAAGAUCACAAGCUCAAAUUUCAAAGUAAACACGAGAACUUCUGUAAGAGUUUUAAACUGAAUCUGGAAAUUGGACUAUAUCCAAUAUUUAAUGAUGUUCUUACAGUUGAAUUAGAUGCAAACACAAUUUCCAGCAGCGUUUCAAUCUUACCAUCUACUCUAGAAGAGCUAACUGAGUUAUAUGAUAAAAAGUUCUCAAAAGGGGAUUUUAUGACUAAAAUUAGAAAAUACAAUUGUUUGUCACCAGUUGCCACAAUACUAUAUGGACUUGAAAAAAUUGGAACAAUAUCUAAUAGAAAAAUUGAGAAAGAUGCGCUUAACAUUCAUUUUGUUGGAGGUGACAUGUAUGAAAUUGGUAGAUUGUGGUUACAUAUGGCAGAACUUAUAUUUCAUUGGAUACCGAAUCUACAUUUAUUGGAUUUUAUUGUAAUAGGACCUAACCUGAACCAUAAUGGCAGCACUGAUAAAUUUACUUUUCAAUUGUGCAAAUCGUGUAAGAAGAGAAAAUGUAAAACAACCGUAACAUUUCAUACCCAGCUUUAUCACAACGUGGUGGCCCAAUUGAAAAAACCUGAUGUAGUCGUAGCCCUUAAUAGUGGUAUACAUGGUAAUCAGGUAGAAAAUUUUUUAAGCAGGAAUGACAAUCUUCCUGAAUAUUUGUGGAAAGAAAGCAUUGAAUACUUGGUUCAUAAUAAAAAUGUACCUUUGAUACUAACUGCUUAUAUUUUGAAAGAGCUGACAAAAGAUAUCGAAGCUGUUAAGGAUCAUGCCAAAUCUGAAGUAAAGGUGUUAGUUGAACCACAUAGAAAUCCAUUUUGUGAUAGAAAGCCAUGCAGGGACUUUGAGAGUCAAGAAGAUACAUUGUUCUUUAUUAAUGGCUAUACAGCUGUCUUAGCCACAGUGUAAACUUUUGUAAAAUGAGAUCUGAUUCUCUAUAUACUUGUUUUUCACGAUGUUAAAUCUCUAACAACCUCUAGUAGAUUUCGACAGAACUAGUUUCGUGGAGUAUUUAAUUGCCAAAUUUCGAAAUUUCAAAUGCCUGAAAAAUAUUUAUUGUUUAUGUUUACAUGUUUUAAAUUAAUUGUUAUGUACCUACUAUAAAAUUAAUAACAUGGAAUCUUCUCAUUUCAAUAAAAGUUGGCAUCAAUGUUGUAUAAAAAUGUAAAUAAAAUCUGCUCAUAGAGUAAAAUAAUUCCAUUCUUUUCUACUUAAAAAAAAUGGAGCAAAUAUUAUUGAUCUAAGCUUGUGGUUUAGAAGUUAUUUUAAAAUAUUACAAGAAUUUUUAUACUUGCAGUGACCUCUUUAAAAAGGACAAUUUCAUUACUGCAAGUAAGUAAUUUAUAUAGGGCUUUUCAUCGAUUCUCAUUUGUUUCGAGCUUCAGUCAUAUGUUGUACCUAUACAUCUUUUCACCUAUACAUUUAAUAAAUUAACCCAUUCUCACGAGAUACAGACUUUGAGAAUUCAAAUGAUUUUGAUUAAUCGAUGGGAUUACUUUUCCAAAGUGAAGAUUCCAAGUUGAUAAUAUAUAGGGUGGGCCAAAGAAAACAGUCCACCUCAUUAUUUAGCAGUAGUUAUUGGGUUUUAAGGAAAUGCUGAAAGAGGUCGAUUUUUAUUUUUAAAUUACAAUUUUUUGAUAUAUAUUUCAUACUAGUGAUGUCAUCUAUCUGGGCGUGAAGACGUAAUCAAUGAUUUUUUUAAAUGGGAAUAGGGGUCAUGUGGUAGCUUAUUUGAAAGGGUGUUUAAUUCUGUAUUCAGUAAUAUAAACAUUUACAUAAUUAUUUAUACAGGGUGUCCAAAAAAAUUUAAAUUAAAUUAUUUGACAAAAAAAAGAAUUUAUGUAAUUUAUUUAAUUCAAAAUACAUUUUAUUGCUAUCAGAAGUCAGAAAUAAACAUUAACUUUUUGCUUAAAUUAAAUGUUCAAACUUCCAAGAGGUAGGUGGCUGGCGAGAGCUGGCUGGAACAUUGAAUUUAAUCGAAAAGCAAUGUUUAUUUGUGAAAUAAACAUUUGUUUCUGUUUUUGGGCAACAGUAAAAUGUAUGUUGAAUUAAAUAAAUUACAUAAAUUCUUCUUUUGUUGUCAAAUAAUUUGAUUUAAAAAAAUUUGUUUGAACACUCUGUAUAAAUAAUUAUGUAAAUGACUGAAUCGAAAAAUAAACACUGUUUCAAAUGAGCUACCAUAUGACCCCUAUUCCCAUUUAAAAAAAUCAUCGAUUACGUCAUCACACCCAGAUGGACGAAGUCACUAAUAUGAAAUAUUUAUCAAAAAAUUGAAAUUUAAAAAUAAACAUCGACCUCUUUUGACAAUUUCUUAAAAUCUAAUAUUACUGCUAAAUAUCGAGGUGGACAGUUUUCUUUGGCCCACCCUGUGUAACAAUUACCCAAUAAUAAUAUUACCCAACAUUUAAUUUGAAACAUUUAUGUCCGGUUUCACCAACAACUAUAGUUAUUCGUUGAAUAAAAUUUAUUAGACAUUUAUAUUUUUUUUUUAAAAAGACUGUAUGACUUGUACACACUUCUAAGUAAUAGUUAUAUUUUUAUUUUGUUUCAUACAAUUUUAAUAAUCUAAAGUUAAACUGAAUUUACUUUCUUAUAAAUAUUUACAGCGAGAUUAACUUGCCAAUUUAUUUGAAGAGUAAAUAUUUAUUUGAUAAAUAAAUAAAAUAAGUCUUAUUUGACGUUAGUAAAAUAGAGAAAUGUCAGUUUAUUGUUCAAAUAACUUUAUUCAUAGAAUAAACUACUAUUUGUUUUUGGAGAAACCUGGCAUUUAAACUCAAACAAUAAAUACUUUUUCGUGCAUUUGAAAUUUCAAAAUUUGGCAAUGAUUUGACAUUAAAAAGCUCCAUGAAACUAGUUCUGCCAAAAUCCACGACAGGUUGUCAUUGUGACAACAUUGCGAAUAUAUUUAGUAUUAUUUUUCAGUUUGUAAAAUUUAGUUUAAAUAAUUUUGUUAUAUAUACAGAGAUAUAUAUUGCAUAGAAAUCCAUUUUCUGAUAAGCCAUGUAAACUGUUUGAGAGUCAAGAAGACCCAUUGUUCUUUAUUAGUGGUUAUAUGGCUGUGGUAGAUAAAGUGUAAACUUUUGUAAAAUGAGAUCUGAUUGAUAUAUAUAUAUUUUUAUAUAACUAGUUAUUUUCCAGUUCGUAAAAUUUAGUUUAAUAAUAUGUUAUAUAAUUUUGUUAAAUACAGGGUGUUAGUAAAUAAGUAUGACAAAUUUCAAGGGGUAAUUCUACAUGAAAAAAUAAUGACAGUUUGCUCUAUAAAGUCCACAAAUAAUAACAGUCCGCAAAUGCUUUGUUUCUGAGAUAUUGGGUGUUGAAAUGACUCUUAAAAGUUGGCGAUUUAUUUAUUGUUCUAACACCAGUUGAUAUAUACAAAUGAAAUUUGGUCGGUUUUAAGAGGAAGUUAUUUCGCAUUUUUUGACAUACAUUUAAGAAUUUUAUAUUCACCAUUGGCGCACCUAUGGGUAGUGGUCUGAAAUAUUUUUCAGAAUAAAAAAUUGUAUGCCACUGGGAUAUUUCAAAUUAAAAAUAAUUUUUGAAUUCCUCAUUCAAUUUGUGAAAAAAAUCUAUCUUCCCUUUUUUUAUACGACGCGCCGUUUUCAUGCGAAAGCUAAAAUAUCUUAAUGCUUACAAAGUAUUCGACGUAAGUUUAUAUACAUUCAUAGAUAAGAUAUUUUUGUUUUUUUUUAUGAAAACGGCGUGUCGGAUAAAAAAGGGAAGAUAGAUUUUUUGUCACAAAUUGAAUGAAGAAUUCAAAAAUCAUUUUUAAUUUCAAAUACCUAUCUCAGUGCCAUACUAUUUUUUUUCGUGAAAACAUUUCAGACCAUUACCUAUAUGCGCACCAAUGGUGAAUAUAAAAUUCUUAAAUGUAUGUCAAAAAAUGCGCAAUAACUACCUCUUAAAACCCACCAAAUUUCAUUUGCAUAUGUCAUCUGGUUUUAGAGCAGUAAGUAAAUAGUGAAUUGGCAAGAAUAGGUAAUAACAGGUAAUUUCAACACUCCGUAUCACAGAAACAAAGUAUUUGCGUACAUACAUUUAUAGAACAAACUGUCAUUAUUUUUUCAUGUAGAUUUGUCCCUUAAAGUUUCUUAUACUUAUUUACUAAUACCUUUUAUAUAGAAAUGUAUAUUGCAUAGAAAUCCAUUUUCUGAUAGAAAGCCAUGUAGACAGUUUGAGCGUCAUGAAAACCCUUUGUUCUGUAUUUAUGGCUCUAUGGCUGUGGUAGCUAAAGUGUAAACUUUUGUAAAAUGAAGUCUGAUUGAUAUAUAUUUUUCACAUUAGUAUAAUUUUUCAGUUUGUAAAGUUUAGUUUGAAAAUACAUAAUUUAAUAUAA